AUUUAGAUGUCAUAUUGAUGUAUUAUGUUCCCUUCAAUAGAUAUACAUCUGCUUUCUGUGGUUUGACGCGUGGGCUGUGUCUCUCUCCUCAGGUGGUCACCGGCGGUCACUAUGACGUGGACUGUCGUCUGGAGGAUCCGGAUGGGACGGUCCUCUAUAAAGAGAUGAAGAAGCAGUACGACAGCUUCACCUUCACCGCCUCCAGGAAUGGCACGUUCAAGUUCUGUUUCAGCAACGAGUUCUCCACCUUCACGCACAAGACCGUGUACUUCGACUUCCAAGUCGGCGACGACCCUCCGCUUUUCCCCAACGAGAACCGAGUGACGGCUUUAACGCAGAUGGAGUCCGCCUGCGUCUCGAUUCACGAGGCUCUGAAGUCUGUGAUCGACUAUCAGACGCACUUCCGUCUGCGAGAGGCUCAGGGCCGCAGUCGAGCGGAGGAUCUGAACACCAGAGUGGCCUUCUGGUCCAUCGGAGAGGCCUUCAUCCUGCUGGUGGUCAGCAUCAGUCAGGUGCUGCUUCUCAGGAGCUUCUUCUCAGACAAGAAAACCACGACAACCCGCGUGGGGUCAUAACCGGGUCACGUCGAAGGGGUUUUAUACAAAUAUGAGUUAUUUAAACAAACGCCUUGAGCUAGUUUUCUCUAGUCCUGUGUGUGCUCCUCAGCUCGUAUCCUGCAGAAUAUUUCAGCGCUGAGAAUUAAACUGCUUUAUUUAUUUUGUGGCUGUGUGUUGACUCUUUACAUGUAUGUGAAUGUUAAAGGAUGUACAGACACUGUAGACCGGCUUGACACACCAGUCGUCUGAUUGCAUCAUCAUCAUCAUCAUCAUCAUCACCCGUUCAGUCUUCAUGUGUGAAUCCGAGAGAGCUUUAUGUUGUACAACCUUGCAAAUGUUUCCUAGUCGUCUUUUUCUUUUCAUGACGUUGGUGUAAUUGUUGUGUUGCU